AUGUACAGCAGCCUUCUGAUCUCUGUACUGCAGCGCAUCGUAGCGAUUUACAAGCCAAAGGAGGAAAAUUGCUUCUCAGACCCGAGCAACCAAGUGUUCCACUCAUCGCACGAGCACAAUCCUGUCGCAUCCAUUGUGCAAGCUAGUGUGCCCAUUCCUGUUGGACUUGACCUGGACACGUGGAUUGUGCCGUCAAUGCAAGAUUGCGUCACAGAAGAGGGUGGCGAUGGAGCUGGCUACCUCUGGACUGGUUCAAGUAGACGACAACCACGAUAG